AUGAGGCUGGUAAUAAUAAAACGCACCGCGGUUCGUCCGGGCCGGAUGGCCGUCCGUCUUCGAGUGAAUGUCUUAUUGGUUAUUUCUGGCGGCCGCCUCUUGCGUCUCGUUACCUUCUUUGCGGACGCUUUUGGACCGAGAGAGAAAAAGAGACAGAGAGAGGAACAAUAUAAAAAGUUUACGAAAUUUCCGAAGUUACGUCGGUGCAUUAGAAGAAUAAUAAUAAAAAAAAAGAGACUAGAGAGCAUAAAAGAUAAAAGGUCGCCAAGAAACGCGUGGAUUUAUUCGUCGAACAAUGUCAUUGUCCGUUUAUCUCAGCGGAAAACUGAAGUAAAGUUAACUUGCGAAAAGAAGAAACAAAGCAAUAUAAUAUUUAAGGGGAAAAAGUACAGCAAUAAAACGAGACCAGAGACAAAUAAUACCAGCAGAGGAAGCAUUAACAAAGGCUCAGAAAAUGAGAUGCCAGUGGAUCUCGUCCCAAGUCCAUCAUUGGAACAACUUGGAAUACACCCUAGGAUGCAACCGAAAGCAAUGAAACAGUGGUUAGGAGUCUCAUCAAGCAAAGUAAGCGGUUGGAUAAAAUGGCUUGUCGACAUACUCGGAAAGGCAUUAUGGUGGCAAGCUGCGAUUCAAAAGAGUUUAGAUGUAAUUAUGGCAAUUGUUGAAGCAAUUCAGUUUUUUACUCGUCGAACUAAAUUAGAAGAAGCGUUUGAUCACGGCAACAAAUAUUUCUUGCAGACAACUACUUACUUCAAUAAUUGA